CUAGGAUUGCAGACGGGGGUGAGCCGGGGCACAGCUGGCUGCAGGCUGAAGCUGCCCAGCAGCCUGAGGGUUCUGCACCAUCCCGGGGGCCCGCCAGCACCAGGGAGACCCUGCGGGGCUGCCCGGCUUCACAGGGAGGAGUUCUGCUCACGCACCGCCCAGUGCAGCAGGAGGGAAAUAUGCCUACUCUUUCCAAUCUGACACAGACACUGGAAGAUGCCUUCAAGAGGGUUUUUAUUACUUACAUGGACAAUUGGCGCAGAAACACGACAGUUGAACAAGAGGCUCUGCAGGCCAAAGUUGAUGCCGAGAACUUCUAUUACGUCAUCUUGUACCUCAUGGUGAUGAUUGGGAUGUUCUCUUUCAUCAUCGUAGCCAUCCUGGUGAGCACGGUGAAAUCCAAGAGACGAGAACACUCCAACGACCCCUACCACCAGUAUAUUGUGGAGGACUGGCAGGAGAAGUACAAGAGUCAGAUCUUGAAUCUGGAAGAAUCCAAGGCCAACAUCCCUGAGAGCACUGGUGCAGCGGGACUCAUAAUGUCUCCUUGAUAAGCGCGAGAGACACAGAGCCAUCGUCUGACAUGCGAAUAUGAAGAGAGGCCAGUGCCAUGGAGCAAAUCCAAGUUGUCAUGCUGAGAUGACACUCAAUUCCUCGCUCUCUGUUGAGAAUUUUCAUGGCGAUCACACGGUUGGUCAACUGAGACAGAUGGCAUUUCGAUCUCAGUGAUUUAUGCUUGUUUAUUGGAGCAAUACUUUAUGCUGAAGAUUUCUUUUACUUUCUGUGCAAUGCAAAUGCCAUUUUAAUCAAUGUCAAUAGUGGAAAUAAGGCCAAAUUUGAAGUAAAGUGCCUGGGCAGUGGCAGUGGGGACAGAAAGGAGAGAUUAACAAAUCAUGGCAUCUUCUUUCUCAUGAAAUAUUAUUUUGUAUGUGACUAAUUCAAUUUAUAAAUAAUCCAGGUGUUUUACCCAGACGCUGAGGUCCCAAAAUCUAUCACCUUCUCACUGGACUGACAGAGAAGCAUUUAUUUAUUAAUUCAUGAAUGCAGAGUUUGAAAUGAUGAAUGAACAGAACCACUGAGCUUAUUUGGAAGUCCGUGGACAGAACAAACAUUUCACAGGGGCAGAGUCCACAUCAGAGGAGUAGAAUCUUUAAAAACUACCUGGUGCAACAGAAACAUGUUAAUUAACAUUUAAAAUUUUUACA